CUCUCUCUGCCUUUCCCCCACUUGUGCUCUGUCUCUCUCAAAAAUAAUAUUAAAAAAAAAAAAAAAAAGAGUUAUGUCCUCUCGGUGCCAGCCUCCCUCAUCAGACUGGCCGCUCCUGGAGGUCGGGGCCCCUGUCUGAUUCCCUGAUUCCCCCAGAGCCCAGCACAGUGUGCGUGGAUGAAACAAGGGUGAGGCUCUCAGUGUUUCUUUCCUUUACGGGGCCCAGAUUAAAGGGGAAUCGGGUUCAAGUGGGAUCGAGUGAGGUGCCCAGAGCACAAAAGUGAAAGUGACACUCUCAGUUCCUGGAGGUUGGGGACAAGACCCGAGUUCCGUCUGAAGAUCAUGGAUCCCCAGGAAGACUGAGGCCAGCUCACUUGCCUGUUCUCAGCUAGGACCUCUCACCUCUCAUUUAUCUACUCCGGACCGUCAGCAAGCCAGGUCACCGCAGCGCCCGCUCACUCGCUCGCUCGCUCACUCGCGGGCCAAAGCUUGUUCUCACCCUCCAAGCAGUGAGAGCCACUGAUCCGUACCCACAACCCCAGUCUACUUAUGAGAUAAACAUCAGACAAAUCCCAGUUGAGGCACAUUCUGCAGAAUGCCUGACCACUUCUCAGGACUGUCAAGGUCAUCCAAAACAAGGAAAGCCUGAGGAACUGUCACAGCCAAGAGGAGCCUAAAGAGACAUGUCGUGUGGUAUCCUGGCCAGGAAAAGGACACUGGUGAAUACUAAGGAACUCCGAGUUUCAAGACGAUUCCCGUAGCUCCAGGCAUCACAUCCACAUUCCAGGCUGAAGGAAGGAGAAGACAGUAGGAGUAAAGGGGGAGCUUCAUUGACAUUUUUCCUUUGAUCAGGAAGAUAAGUUUUCUUAGAAGUCUAACAGCAAAUUUCCGCUUUGAUCUCCUUUUCUAGAAAUGGGGGCGAGGACACCCCAGGAGCAAGGGGACCUGGAAAGUGAAGAUGUCCCUUUAUCGAGACUCUGUGGAGAGGUGAGGACGGAGGGAGGGGAUUAGGGACACGGAUGCAGUAUCUGCCCCAAAUGGGAUCAGAUAUAUAUAAAGCACUCAGAGCAAACCCAGCCUUCAGAAAGAGCCACCUAGUCUCAUAAUUAUUAAUUAAUCAUUAAUCAUAUAGUAAUAAUUGUCAUUAUUUAAAGCUUUACAGUCACUAUGAUCCUCUUGGCGUCAGACCUUGGAUUCCGGAACCACUGGGCACUGAGGUGCCCGUACCCCAGUGGUCUCCUUCCUUCCCUCCUUAUACCGUUCAGAGCACCGAAGCCCUUUAAAAAAAAAAAAACAAACCAGCCACAUUUUCCAACGUAAGCCACUUCCUGCUCUCAUUAACUCCAUCCUCAGCGACUGAGGCAGACCCUGCUCCCUGCUUGAAGCAGGUAGGAGACUGUACAAAUCAAAGGCCCCUCGGGCCCAUCACCGGGUCAGUAUCAAGGUCGCCUCCAAGGACACUGAGAUGGAAACAGCAGAAGAGCCAACCCCAAGUCUUGGGCAGACCCUGGAGUGGCUGAGAAAGGAGCUGGCUGAGAUGCAGGUUCAGGACCAGAGACUGCUGCUCACACUGAGGCAUCUUCACAGGGUCCUGGAGGAACUGCGUGCUAAGAGUGCUCACUGGGACGAUGCCACGUCCAGCAGAGGGACGUCCCCCAUCAGAGCUCGAGCGGGCUCUGAAAGCCGGGGCUGCCCCUCCAUCUCCUCCAAGGCGUUGGCCCAGCUCCUCCGAGGGGCAGACAGCCGGCGAAGCUCCCUCCCUUGACUAACUGGCCAGGCCCGAGGCCGGGCUUGAACUCUCCCCCUGCUUGUCCAAGCUUUUGACUGUGAUGCUGCUGGAAGAGAGCACUGGAAUGGGAGUUGGGGAGCCAGGGCUCUGGGUUCCUCUCUGCCCUCAUCCGCUAUGCAUCCGUGAACCCAUCACUCAACUUCUCCGUGGCAUUGGUUCCUUUUCAGUGGCUCAUCAGGGUUUUUGGUGAGGCACAAAUAAGAUAUCGGGUGUGAACACCAGUGGAUUCGUGGCCUCUGGCAAGCAGUAAUCCUACCCUUGGGCAUUUCUCACAAGGCGAUUGUCAAGACAAAGGAAGAGCUCCACGCAGAGGAUGUUUGGUGUUGCCCUGGCGAAAAUUAGUGCCCUCUCCCCCACCCCACAGUGACUCCAUAGUUGUUUUCUAUCUUCCCAGAGGGCCUUCACAUUCCUCCCUCUGAAAGCAACAGGCCCAGUCACCACUCCAGCCACAGGGAUGGGCCUAUGGCCAGGCCUGGCCAAUAAUGAUUCAUAACCACCCUAAUAACAUGAUUGGCCCAACGGGAGGGCAUGUGACUCAACAGAGCCAAUCACAGUCCUUCUCUGGGAUCGCUAUCUGGAUGUUCUUCCCACUGCGGUUGCAAGGCGGGGAGUGCUGCAAAUGGCCAUGUGCUCUCCCUACCAGGUGAAGAAAACUUGACCUCAGUAGGAAAAAAAAAAAGGGGGGGGGGUAGAGGAAGGGCCACAGGACAGAUGGACAGAGAGGAAGGGCGCUGGCUCUUUUUAGUCCCUGAUUGUGUGAGUUACUCCCCCAUUCUUUCCAGUGACACAACCAGGAAAUUCCACCACCACAUCCUCCACCACGCACACCCGAUUUGUUUCUGCUUAAGCUGACUUGAGUAGGGCUGCCCUCACGUGCAUCCGAAACGAUCCUGAAGAAUACAACCCAGACGUUCAAAGAAGCAAAGAGAAAUGCUAAAGAAAAGGGCAUUUUGCGCACUCGGCGUUGGCAGCAACAGUCCUGUAACCUCAGACAAUGAGGUUUGGGCUGUGACAGAACGCUCUGUUGUAUGCGGUGCUGGAGUCAUAACUUUGACAAGUUCUAUCUGCCUAUAAAAA